UCCCCCCCCCUUCCCCCUGUCGCCGCGCGGACCUCGCGCGCCGGCCCUCGAGAGGCGGUCUCGCGGAUCAGCUGUCCCAGCGGCCACGGCAGACACCAAAGAUGUUGACCAGAAAGAUUAAGCUUUGGGAUAUUAAUGCCCAUAUCACAUGUCGCCUGUGCAACGGAUAUCUUAUUGAUGCUACCACUGUAACAGAGUGUUUGCAUACCUUCUGUAGGAGUUGCCUGGUAAAAUAUUUGGAAGAAAAUAACACUUGCCCCACGUGUAGAAUUGUUAUACACCAGAGUCACCCUCUGCAAUAUAUCGGUCAUGACAGAACAAUGCAGGAUAUUGUUUACAAACUGGUACCAGGCCUGCAAGAAGCGGAAAUGAAAAAGCAGAGAGAUUUCUACCACAAAUUGGGCAUGGAAGUGCCAGGGGACAUCAAAGGAGAAACUUGUUCUGCAAAGCAACACUUAGACUCCCAUAGGAAUGGUGAAACGAAAGCAGAUGACACUUCCAACAAAGACACAUCAGAAGAGAAACAAGAAGAGGAUAAUGACUAUCACAGAAGCGAUGAACAGGUAAGCAUCUGCUUGGAAUGCAAUAGCAGCAAAUUGCGUGGACUGAAACGAAAAUGGAUUCGCUGCUCAGCACAAGCAACCGUCUUGCAUCUAAAGAAGUUCAUUGCCAAAAAACUUAACCUUUCGUCUUUUAAUGAGCUGGACAUAUUAUGCAAUGAAGAAAUCCUCGGCAAGGACCAUACACUCAAAUUUGUAGUUGUUACCAGAUGGAGAUUUAAGAAAGCACCUCUACUGCUACAUUACAGACCCAAAAUGGACUUGCUGUAAGGGAACUUUAUUGUCCUUCUGGACAAAGUUUUUUGCAAAGACUAUCAUCAGGCACCUUCUUAGUGCAUCAGUUAACUUGCAUAUGUGACACAAAACGGAAGAAUCAUUCUGGAAAACUAAUGAACUCACUGCAGACCAUUCUUCAGAAUAUUUCUCCUAGGUGGUGUGUGACUCCUAUUUCUGGACAGAAUAUUUAUACCUUUUUGUAUGAAAGAAAAAACUCACGACUCAACAAGACACUACCAGCACUAGGUUUACAGAUACUGAAAACACUUCACAGUUUUAUGUAGCUGAGUAGAAUUUAUCUCUUUGUUGCAAUUACACAAAAAUAGAUGAGUAAGUGUAGGGUGAUAGACGUUACUCUUCUGACACCAAAUUCCCUUGGUUCCUUUCCUAUUUUUUGAAAAGUUCAAAAGUCAUUUCAGUAUAUCUUACGAGUUUGGCCCUAUUCUAUGCCACAAACCUCCUCUUCUUCUUCUUCUUCUUCUUCAAUGAAUCCUUCCUAGGUCAUUGAAAAUUCCCUUUGGUGCUGAUAUUUAUGCUGCUUCUAACUUCCUGAAUGCUUAAUAUAUAGCCAUUUCACUUAAACAUAUAUUUUAGAAUAUAUCAAUAGGGAAACUCAUUAAUUUUGAGUUCAGUUGUGGCUAGCUCAGUUUCCAUGCUCUUUGUUGCUAUAUAUGAUAAUACAGUCAAGGAAUUUCUCUUGAUCGGUCCCAGUAUUUUACUGCAGCAUAAAUGCCAUCAAGAUCAUCUAACAAGUGUAUACACAUGUGCUUCAUAAACCACUCAAAUUUAUUUUAAGGUAGAUAUGGCAAAGAUAGCUAGAGCUUGCAGAAUUACAAUCUUUUCUUGGGGAGGAUUUUCUUCAGUGAGAGCCUUUGUCUCUCAGUGUGUCAUUCAUUAAGACAGAGUGACUGAAGUAUUUCUCAUUAAUUUGUGGUGUUCAACAGCGGAGUAAUGGCCCACAUGGUUGUUUCAAGAGUUUAACAGUGAUAUAGUAUUUGCAGACCAAUUCUAGUUUUCCUGUAGGCACUCUUAAUGAAAAAUGAAAAAUAACCAACAUUUUGUUUUAAUGGAAUUGAUUCAUGGGAAGCAGCAUGGUAUAGUGGAAAG